UUUUUGAAAGGGGGCCAAUGCUGCUGGUUAGAUACCAGACUAGAAACUCACUGUGGUCUUCGAGGGGGUAGGGUGGGGAAUUCUGCACAUUCUGCUUCUGUCUCCGGUUUUCUUUGUCUUUCUGCUCCUCCCCUAACCCUACCCCCAAGACAGCUGUGCUGACCGAUCUUGGCCUGGUUUUCUCUCCUGGGAGCCACUUGACCAAAACAUUAGGGGAUUCCCAGGACUCGAGCCUCCUCAGAUACCUAACUACUGUAUUGCCCAGAGCUCAGUGGCAACCUUCAUCUUGCUAAAAUCCCUAGAUCUAGAUGGUUCCAGUGUCUGGUGACCAGAAUCUGGAGUCAGUGCCAAGGACAAAAAGUAAGGACAGCCCCUGCCUAGCUGAGCAACUAUGGGGGUAGCAAUGGGCAGCCUCAGAUCUUCUCCAUAUCCCAACCCAGUCCCAUUUCCAUCCCUUCAGCCUCACCCCAAGUCCCACCUGUUCCAAUGGCUCGGUCCCCAUCUCCCCGAGAAACCGGUUUCUGAGGUGGUCGGGUUGGGGGAGAAGUUAAAACUUGUGGGACAGGAAGGAAGGGGCGGAGAGUGAGAGCAAGGGCGGGAGAGGAAAGAUUAGGGGCCCUUUGGUCCCGUUGUUCCCCUAUCCCCCCUUUUCCUGUUUUCUCCAAGCCCCUUCCCUUUCCCUUUCUUGUCACUGAUCCAGAUAGCCCAUUCCCUUUCCUCUCAUCCUGACCUCUCCAUCCCACCUUUUCUUUGAGCCUUCACGUUGUGUGUCCCCUGUCUCUCUCUUCCGACUUGUCCUUCAGCAAAAUGCUAGAUGAAUUCAGCUACUAUUGUUCUUUUAUUUCUGUUCAGUUAUUACUGUUUCCGAGUAGGUUGCCCUGUACUUUGACAGGAAUGAUGCUCUCUUCUAUAGCUUGCGGUAUUUUCCAAUCACUUUACGUGCCCUGGUCUUUCUGUUUUUCUCCGUAUUGUCUUUGGAGAUUUCCCGCAUCAUCUCCUCUGUCCCUCUCGCAUCCAGUUUCCCGCUUGUCCGUGUUGCGUGAGCGCGCGCGGAGUCCUGGGAAGCGGGCGCGUGAGGUGGGGACGCGAACCGGGCGGGGGAGGUUGGGGGAUGUAAGAAGAGAAGACAGGAAAAGGCUGGGAGGGGGGAGAGAGGAGAGGGUGGGCAAAAAAGAAGGACGGAGAGAUCGGGAGAGAGAGGAGGGGAGAAGAGGGGAGAACGAGAGAAGAUUUUGGACCCUUAAAAUUCUCAAGGGAACAACUGAGAGCUGGACAGAGCCCAGGGCCCUUGUGGGCACCAUGGGCACCCCGUUGCUCUGCAUUCUGCUUGCAACGGUCACUGGAGCCAGAGGCUGGGGCUGGUAUGGCUGUGAUGAGGAGCUGGUGGCUUCGCUGUAUUAUCGCUCUCUGGGAGCCUCCUCCUACUACGGCUUCUUCACUGGGCCCCGCUUCGCCCGGCUUCACGGUGAGGAGUACCGGGGCUUGGGGACGCCGGACCUCUAGUGCAUGCAGGACACCUAAGCACAAGUGGAUGGUCGCCUGCCAUUGGAGACCGGAACCCCUGGCUACAGAUCGACUUGAUGAAGAAACAUAAGAUAAGGGCCGUGGCCACGCAGGGCUCCUUCAACUCGUGGGAUUGGGUCACGCGCUAUAUGCUACUUUAUGGAGACCGCGUGGACAGCUGGACGCCUUUUUACCAAAGAGGGCACAAUUCGACAUUCUUCGGGAACGUGAACGAGUCUGCUGUGGUCCGACAUGACCUCCAUUAUCACAUCACUGCCAGGUACAUUAGGAUAGUGCCCUUGGCCUGGAACCCACGAGGCAAGAUUGGCCUGAGACUUGGACUCUACGGAUGCCCUUACAAGUCAGAUGUGUUAUACUUUGAUGGGGAUGAUGCCCUCUCCUACCGAUUCCCGAAGGGGGUGAGCCGUACCCUAUGGGAUGUCUUUGCCUUCAGUUUUAAGACAGAAGAGAAAGAAGGGCUCCUUCUGCACUCAGAGGGGAUUCAAGGAGACUAUGUGACCCUGGAGCUCAAGAAUGCUCAAUUGCUGCUGCACAUGAGUCUCGGUAGCAACCCUAUCCAUGGCAGACCGGCACACACUACUGUGAUGGCGGGUGGUGUGCUCAAUGACUUGCAUUGGCACUACUUAAGACUGGAUCGCUUUGGUCGAGACGUCAACUUGACAUUGGAUGGCGAGGUGCAGCGAUUUCUCCUCAAUGGCGACUUUGAGAAGCUCAACCUAGACAACGAGAUGUUUAUAGGAGGGCUGGUCAGGGCGAGGCAGAAGAACCUUGCUUACCGGGAAAACUUCCGUGGCUGCAUGGAAAAUGUCAUUUUUAACCGGGUCAACAUCGCCGACCUGGCUGUCCGGGGUCAUUCUCGGAUUUCCUCUGAGGGCAAGGUGGCUUUCCGGUGCUUAGAUCCGGUCCCGCAUCCUAUCAAUUUCGGCGGACCCCACAACUUCGUGCAGGUGCCCGGCUUCCCCCGCCGCGGCCGUUUCGCUGUUUCCUUUCGUUUUCGGACUUGGGACCUUACGGGAAUGCUGCUCUUCUCGAGCCUGUCUGACGGGCUGGGCCACGUGGAGCUGAUGCUCAGUGACGGCCAGGUCAAUGUGUCCAUUGCUCAGCCUGCGCGCAAGAAGCUCCAGUUUGCUGCGGGAUACCGCCUCAAUGAUGGAUUCUGGCAUGAGGUGAAUUUUGCAGCCCAGGAAAACACAGCAGUCAUCAGUAUAGAUGACGUUGCUGGGGCUGAAUUCCGAGUCUCUCACCCUCUUCAGAUUCGUACUGGGACCUCAUACUUCUUUGGGGGUUGUCCUAAACCAGCUAGCCUCUGGGGCUGCCAUUCCAACCAGACAGCAUUCCAUGGCUGCAUGGAACUACUUAAGGUAGAUGGGCAGCUAGUCAACCUGACCCUGGUGGAAUUCCAUCGGCUUGGAAGAUAUGCUGAGGUCCUAUUUGACACAUGUGGCAUCACUGACAGGUGCUUUCCUAACCCAUGUGAACACGGGGGCCGCUGCUAUCAGUCCUGGGAUGAUUUCAUUUGCUACUGUGACCUGACAGGCUACAAGGGGGAGAUCUGCCACCAGCCCCUGUACAAAGAAUCAUGUGAAGCCUAUAGACUCAGUGGGAAGACCUCUGGGAAUUUCACCAUUGACCCUGAUGGCAGUGGCCCACUAAAGCCAUUCGUUGUGUACUGUGACAUCCGAGAGAACCGGGCAUGGACAGUGGUACGCCACGAUCGGCAGUGGACAACUCGAGUGACAGGCUCAAGCCAGGAGCGUCCAUUCCUGGGGGCCAUCCAGUACUGGAAUGCAUCCUGGGAAGAGGUCAGUGCCCUGGCCAAUGCCUCUCAACACUGUGAACAGUGGCUUGAGUUCUCUUGCUACAACUCCCGGCUGCUCAACACUGCAGGUGGCUACCCCUUCAGCUUUUGGAUAGGUCGGAAUGAAGAGCAGCAUUUUUACUGGGGGGGAUCCCAGCCUGGGAUCCAGCGCUGUGCCUGUGGCCUAGAUAAGAGCUGCGUGGAUCCCACACUGUAUUGCAACUGUGACGCUGAUGAACCCCAGUGGAGAACAGACAAAGGAUUGCUGACCUUUGUGGACCACCUACCGGUCACACAGGUGGUUGUUGGGGAUACUAACCGAUCCAACUCUGAGGCCCAGUUCUUCCUAAAGCCUCUUCGUUGUUAUGGCGACCGGAACUCCUGGAAUACCAUCUCUUUCCAUACUGGUGCUUCACUGCUCUUCCCUCCCAUCCGGGCCAACUACAGUCUUGAUGUCUCUUUCUACUUCAAGACCACAGCAGAAUCAGGUGUCUUCCUGGAGAACAUGGCAGGCCGCCCUUGGCAGUGGCGGCGACCAUACCUUCGGCUAGAACUCAACACUUCUCGAGAUGUAGUUUUUGCCUUUGAUGUGGGAAAUGGUGAUGAAAAUCUGACAGUUCACAAUGAGGAGGUGGAAUUUAAUGAUGAUGAGUGGCACCUGGUCCGGGCUGAGAUCAAUGUAAAACUGGCCCGGCUCCGAGUUGACCAUGGGCCCUGGGAAAUUCGGCCAAUGCCCCUCCAGACCUACAUCUGGCUAGAGUAUGACCGGCCUCUUACUGUUGGCUCUGCAGAGCACAAGAGGCGGCCCUUCCUGGGCUGCUUACGGGCAAUGCGCCUAAAUGGAAUUACCUUGAAUCUGGAGGGUCGUGCUAAUGCCUCAGAGGGCACCUCACCCAACUGCACAGGCCGCUGUCUUCACCCGAAGCUUCCUUGUUUUCAUGGUGGACGGUGUGUGGAACGGUACAGCUACUAUACAUGUGACUGUGAUCUCACAGCCUUCGAAGGGCCCUACUGCAACCAUGACAUCGGCGGAUUCUUUGAGGAAGGCACAUGGGUGCGCUAUAACCUGCAGUCAGCCCUCCGCUCUGCCGCUCAGGAGUUCUCACACAUGCUGAGCCGUCCAGUUCCUGGCUACGAGCCUGGUUACGUCCCUGGCUACGACACCCCUGGCUAUGUGCCUGGGUACCAUGGCCCUGGUUACCAGCUUCCCGACUACCCUCGGCCCGGUCGUCCUGUGCCUGGCUACCGGGGCCCGGUGUACAAUGUCACUGGGGAGGAAGUCUCCUUCAGUUUCAGUACUACCUCUGCCCCAGCGGUCCUACUCUAUGUAAGCUCCUUUGUCCAAGAUUACAUGGCUGUGCUCAUCAAAGAGGAUGGGACCCUGCAGCUGCGUUACCAGUUGGGUACUAGCCCUUAUGUGUAUCCGCUGACCACCCGGCCAGUCACUGAUGGUCAAUCCCACAGCAUCAAUAUCACCCGUGUCUACAGAAGCCUCUUCAUCCAGGUGGAUUAUUUCCCACUGAUGGAACAGAAAUUCUCAUUACUUGUGGACAGUCAGUUGGACUCACCUAAAGCUUUGUACCUGGGGCGUGUUAUGGAGACUGGAGUGAUUGACCCUGAGAUUCAGCGCUAUAACACGCCAGGCUUUUCAGGUUGCCUCUCCGGUGUACGCUUCAAUAAUGUGUCUCCACUUAAAACCCAUUUCCGAGCCCCUCGACCAUUUCCCCGUGACAUUUCUGAAGCUCUUCGUGUUCAGGGGGAUCUGGCUGAGUCCAAUUGUGGUGCUAUGCCACAUUCUGGCCUUGAGGUACCCCCUGAGCUUGAUCCUUGGUACUUGCCUCCAGACUUCAUCUACUAUCACGAUGAUGGCUGGGUCGCUAUCAUCAUUGGCUUUGUGGUGACUCUCUUGCUACUGGGGCUGAUAGGACUGUUGGUCCUCUUCUAUCUACAAAAUCAUCGAUACAAGGGUUCUUACCAUACUCAUGAGCCCAAGGCCACUCAUGAUUACCAUGCUGCUAGCAAGGCACCUUUACCCCCUUCUACACCUGCUAGGGCCCCUGCCCCUCAGCCCCAAGCCCAAGCACCUGCUCCUGCCCCAGCCCCUGCCCCUGCCCUUCGAGACCAGAACCUACCCCAGAUUCUGGAGGAGUCCCGUUCUGAAUGAGUCAGGGGAAGACUCAAGUCCCUUUCCCCUGACCCCUCCAUCCUUCCUUCCUUGCUCUCUCCCCUAAUUAAGGGCAUCAGGACUCCUUCCCUGAGUUGGCUCUGCCCACCUAGAGGACACCUCUUCCUGCCCACUUUCAUAGGCAAAGCUGCAGUUGGGACCAAAGGGAGAGGCAGAGCCUCACUCACUGCCUCGAGCCAAAUGCCCAUCCCUUUCCUUCUUCCUAGCCACUCUCCCCCAACCCCCACUCACUCAGGCUUCUGGCCCAUUGCCUGCCUGGUAGGAGAUGUUCGGGGUGGAGAUGGACAAAGGCACCUCCCUCCAUCUCUGCCCCAGCCAUUUUCAGCUGCUAUGAGGGAUUAACAACUUCGGGCAGGGCGAGAGGAGAUUAUCUGCUUCCCCCCACAUCCCCAAUCCUAGUAGGGACAGAUGUGGGGGUUAUGAGGAUAUGGGGGAGGAGGCGGCUGCUAAAUCAUUUCCCUAAGCUCUCCCUGUCCCUCAGAAUGCCUUCACUGGCUUCUAGCACAGUAGGGUGUGAGGGGCACUUUCGUUCCCAGCCUGCCUCCCCCUACUUUUGUUGUUGGGUUGUUGUUUUUUUUUUAAUGAGAAGUCCACAAGGCUUCAGCUUAGCACCUUAGCAUCCCUGCUACUUCAUCUGCUUCAGCCAAAGCCAUAAGCCAAAACAUGCAAGGUAGAGAAAUUUUAUGCAGACCCUUCAAUAACCUUAUAGUCCUCUCCCCCUCCCUCAAGGAUGUGCAAUAACUUUGGUGUCUGCUUAAGGUCCUGUACUGCUCUCCAAUGCAUGAGGAGUCCCCUCCCUCCUCCGCUAUGCUGCUUCCCAUGCCCAGGAGAUCAUAUUCUUUUACAUUUUUUUGGUUGCAAAGUCUCUCCAAAAGAUCUCUAUAUUACAGUAAUUUUUUAAAGAUUCUUGGUUUAUAUAUAAAAACAAAAACAAACCCAGAGCUAAGUGUCCUGUCCCGUGUUGUACCCUGUGGGCAGUAGUUUGCUCCUCUACAUUGGAAGUCUCAAAAGUUCUGCUGGUCGCCCAGCAUGGAUGCCUCCUAUUUGUACUAAGGCAGUGUGUUGUGUUGACAGAGGCUCAGAGAGCUGUUCCAAUAAAGAGAGUGACAGAG